AUGGACGGCGGCGCAGGUUAUGCAUACGAAGCGUUAGGAACCAACAGGAAGCGGCGGGAGCUCGGAAUCAACACGAGGAAUCUGAAGGACGGUGGGAGCCGCCUGCUGGGGGGGGGGGGGGGAGAGAGACACGAGGGAGGGCUGAGUUCAGAUGUGGAAGCUGGCGCUGAGGCGGCCCCGCCGACAGGAGGAGCGGUGGGAAUGGAUAAAGAAGAAACACCAGAGGACGAGGGGGCAAAAGAAACACCUGCGGAACAGGGGGACAGGAAGCACCUCAGGAAGAGGGAGGAGAGGUUUGGCUUCCCGCCGAGAAGGAUGGAUCGGAGUCACGGCAUCCUUUGGGGUCGCAGGACAGCGAAGGGAGCAACGAUUCGCUCGACGGCAUAGACAAUAUCGGGAUCGAUCUCGACGGAGACUUUUUGGUGGACGACGACGACGCGUAGCUCACCUGAACGGUGGAGUCCACGUCAUGACCCAGGGAGGCCUAUCUUAACGGGGUGCAGCCGCGUUCGGCUGUCCUACUCGUACAACUUUGCUUAUUUUCACGACUUGUUUCGGCCGUGUACGCCUGCACCGUCACACAAACCAUGUGCGCCGUGUAUUUGCUUUGUUUCUUCGAAAGUGUGUCGUACAGCCUAGUUGAACACUUUGGUGUGUGGUGUGUAUGUGUGUGUUUCGUUGUUGUUGGGUUGAGGCACUAGGUUAUGAACAGGUGUGU